AUGAGCAGCCGCUCACCCGGCAACGUGUUGUCGAUGUGGAGAGCCAAGCGACGUUGCGUGAAGGGGACAAAGUCACCCCCAAAGAUAUUCGUUUCUGCCUGGGCACCUCAGGCUCGCGACAUGUCCAAUAGGGGUGUCCACAAGAAAAUAACCAACAACCAGUAUCCCAGUAACCAGUACGCUAUGUUGCUAUCUGAAGGGCUCAUGAUGGAAAAUAAACAUGUUUCAGGAGCGCAAUGGUUUAGGAUAACUGUACCCGUGGACAAUGCCUCUUGGGGCGAGAGGUUGACAUUCAAUGCUCCAGGUUACGGUCAACACAGCCGCGGCGAGGUCCUUCGGAACGCCGGCGUAAGGAUAAUCCUCGACAAGCCCCAGGCAUCGACAUCCAUGGAUGGUCCGUGCAUGUGCUGGCCCCGGGUUCCACGGCCCGAGUCGUCCCUGGAGCUAAAACCAGGCGUUGUUGCCAAACUUGGGACCGAGAGGCGCUGCCGUUGCGCCCGUGGCCGCCUUGGGAAGUUGGGAAGUUGGGAGUUGGGAAUUGCGCAGCACUUCUCGAACCCUUCAUUUCAGUUCGUUGGUGUCCGUUCUUGUGUGACGUUGCCAACGUUUCGAAAAUCCGGAAGGUUGGCACGUCAUGGGCGUUGUUUCAAACAUCCUGAUGCAAAAGUUACGCCAGUGCAUAUUCUGUGCGGAAGACACUCCUUGGGAACGUCUUUGCAGGGCGGUUUCCACAUAUGGCGGUCAUCGCCCAAAUCAUAA